AUGCCGUCCACGCACAAAAAGGAUAAGCCGUGGGACACUGAUGAUAUCGACAAGUGGAAGAUCGAAGAAUUUAAACCGGAGCACAAUGUCGGUGGCACCUUCGCAGAAGAGUCUUCCUUUGCCUGUCUGUUUCCGAAAUAUCGAGAGCCGUAUCUGAAGCAAGCAUGGCCACUUGUCACAAAGGCAUUAGAAAAGAGAGGCGUCGCAUGCACACUGGACCUAGUUGAGGGUCGUAUGGAAGUCCGCACCACUAGGAAGACUUUUGACCCUGCCGCGAUUUUGGAUGCCAGAGAUGUCAUCAAACUGCUCGCACGAAGUGUUCCUGCCCCGCAAGCCAUCAAGAUUCUGCAAGAUGAUAUCGCAUGCGAUGUGAUUAAAAUUCGGAAUCUUGUACGGAACAAAGAAAGAUUCGUCAAGCGCCGCCAGCGCCUUCUCGGCCCAAAUGGCUCGACAUUGAAGGCGCUCGAACUGCUCACGAAUACUUACAUUCUCGUCCAAGGCAAUACCGUCAGUGCCAUGGGAGGUUACAAAGGAUUGAAAGAAGUGAGGAGAGUGGUCGAGGAUUGCAUGAAUAACAUCCAUCCUAUUUACCAUGUCAAAGAACUUAUGAUCAAAAGAGAGCUAGCAAAAGAUCCUGCGUUGAAGAACGAAAGUUGGGAUAGGUUUCUGCCUCAUUUCAAGAAGAAGACGCUGAGCAAGAGACGCACUCCCUACAAGGUUACGGAUAAAUCCAAAAAGGUUUAUACACCAUUUCCACCUCCGAAAGAAAAGAGCAAAAUCGAUUUGCAGAUUGAAAGUGGCGAGUACUUUCUUGCCAAGCAGGCAAAAGAGCGGGCCAAAGAGCAAGAACGGCUGGAAAAGCAAAAAGAGAAGAGGGAAGAGAAGCAACGUUUGCGAGAAGAGGCUUUCGUCGCGCCAAAAGAAGACCGACUUCAGAAAAAAAAGAACAAGAGCCUCCCUUCGGGAGAGGAUGAGGUUCAAGGAGCGAAGAAAACGAAAAGAUCUGAGAAGACUGCGGUAUGA